CGACGCCCUCCCGGCCCAGGGCGGCGGCCUGCCGCGCGCGCAGCGCCGACAGCGGCAUGGCGGCCCGCCGAUGACGGCCGAUGGCGUCCCGCCGGCCGCCGCCGCAGCGGGUGAGCCUGCCGCUGGUCCUCAGCGGCGCGGCCACGCCCGGCCUGCAGGCGACGUGCGUUGCCGAGCCGGGCCUGGACCUCGAGGCGUACCCCAAGAGCAACGAGGCGCUGACGUCGCUGACGGCUCCCCCGGAGGAUGAGACGUUCUCGGUCCGCUACAUGGCCACCGCCGACGACCCGCCGCCGCCGCCCACGCCCCAGCGCCCCGCCGCAGAGCGGCCGGAGCAGGGGCGCGCCCGGGGAGGCCUGCCGCGGGAGGGCGAGCCGUUCGAGGCCGACGAGCUGCCCUGGCAGACUGGCGCCAGCCAGGCCGCCGCCUGCGCGCCGCCGGGGCGGGCGGCGCCCCCGUCGGGCGACCUCGACCUCUGCAUGGGAGUGGCGGAGCGCCCCUCGCUGGGCCCCGGCGCGCGUGGGCCCUCCAGGUGGCCGUGCGCACUGCCCGGGUCGCCGGGGCCCCUCGCGGACUGCGGCGCGCUGCAGCGGAGCGCCGGGCUGGUCCGCUGCGGAUCUGCACGGUCUGUGAGAUCUGCGGCUUCCACCAAGACUGCCAGCGACAUUUUCGAUUCGGCGCUCCUCAAGACGCCAGACGGAGCCCGCGCGCCGUCCUCGGCCAGCAGCGCGAGGUCACGGGUCCUGGUGGUCGAGAGCCCACCAGGCUCCUCGCCUCUCGGAGGCCCCUUCGCCGGCGCGCCGAGCUGCGCCGGCGCCGUGCUCGGCCCGGCCGGCGGUCCUCGACUGCGACGGCCCCGCCGGGAGGAGCUGGCAGAGCGCUCCCGCUGGUGGGACGGCUGCGACGCUGCUGCCUGGGAGCUCCAGGUCUCUGGCCUCGUCGUCCACGGCAGCACCGUCGCUGCCCAGCGCUCCAGGGGGCCCCACGCUGCCGCCGGGGGCGCUGCUGGCGGAGAAGGAGCGGCAGCUGCGGCGCCUCCGGGCCCAGCAGCAGCACCCGCGGCACCAGGCGCCGUCGCGACCUGCAUCGGGCGAGCUGCGGCUGGCGUCGCCAGCGGCUUCGUCGCAGUGGCUUGGCUCCGCGUCCCAGCUGUGCCUCUCGGGCGAGUUGGCGCCGUCGAUGCUGCCGCCGGAGGACACGCUCGAGGAGCAGUGGGCCGAGGGCUGGGAGGAGUACUGACGCUUUUUUUGUUUGGCUUGGGGACAUACCCCUAUCCCUAAGACUGGCAUCGCAUUAUCUUGGUGUUGAUCUUGAGGAUUCUCUCAGCUUCUGUCGAAGAACAAGAGGCGGCGUACACAACAACCUCAUGGCUGUGACAAAGCUUCUUCGUCUACGAUGGUUUCACUUCCCGAGGGCGCAUCGCUAGAAUUUUCAUCAUCUUGGCCUUUGUAGCCGUCGGGGCAGCAGUGAGCUCGAGGCUCUCUGGCCUGCCGCGGUAGUGCCCGCGGCUGGCUCAGCAGCGGGCCGCCACGGGCACGUCCUGCGCGGGCUGGCUGCGAAGUUGAAUUUUGCUUUGCUCAUUCGUUUCAAGGUGUCGCCGUGAAGCCUUCGCGACAAGUUUGUAACCAUGCCAGGCGUGUGUGUCUACUUGGAGACUCGGGGCCGAAGCUCAGGGACAACGUUCGGGGAAAUGGCUCUGCUCGGCAUCACUUCUCACCCUGCGACGCGCAGGACACAAUGACAUUUGGCGACGCGCAAAAAGGGGCUCCUGCGAGGUGGUCGACCUCAGAAAGAAGGAGUGACUCAAGAGGGUCUUGUCUCUCAACGACUGUGCGUCCCGCACCUUCUAAGAAGUGCGUGGCCUCCAGAGUUUGAUGGAGUUAUUCACCGUUUGGCAGCGGUCUGCAAAAGGUAUUCGACGGUUUUGGAAGGC